AUGACCGAAAAGCUCGCGAUCGAACAAGGGGCAUAUGCCUGCCACGAGGAAGUGUGCGAUGCUGUCACAGGAGGACGUAUUGCCAUUGGCUCUGACAAGGAGGCCAACACGACCAAACUAGUCAACCCACUGGCCGGCAUUGCGAAGCACGACCUGAUGCAGGCAGUCGAGCGUUUCGCUGCGGAAAAGGACCUUCUCGACAUCCUUCCCCUCCUGCAGAAGGGUGCGUGCGUGGCACAAGCCAGCGUGCCGUUCGCAGAAAUUGAAGAACUCGAUUCCGACGAACUUGAGAGCCUUCAAUACGAGAUCGCGCACAAAUGGAAGCACCCGUUGGCUCUAUAUGUUACCGUGUUUGUCUGCUCUAUCGGGGCUGCGGUACAGGGCUGGGAUCAAACUGGUUCCAACGGAGCGAACUUGACAUUUCCUGUCGAAUUUGGCAUCGCCUCGGGAUCCAACAGGGAUAACUGGCUAAUCGGUCUGGUGAAUGCCAUCCCGUACAUAUCUUCCGCCGUUUUCGGAUGCUGGCUGUCCGACCCUGUCAACUACCUGAUGGGACGCCGCGGAGCGACCUUUAUGGCCGCCAUAUUCUGCAUCUUCACACCGAUUGGCGGUGCCCUGUCCCAAAAUUGGCAUCAAUUGCUUGUGACAAGACUUCUGAUGGGCUUUGGCAUGGGCCUGAAAGCCGCCACGAUCCCCAUGUACGCGGCGGAGAAUUCACCCGCCGUCAUCCGAGGUGCCCUGGUCAUGGGCUGGCAAAUGUGGACUGCCUUUGGAAUCUUCCUGGGCUUCGCUGCCAAUCUUGUGGUCUACCGAGUGGGCAAGAUUGCUUGGAGACUGCAGAUAGGCUCGGCCUUCAUCCCAGCAGUCCCGCUUGCGCUCCUUGUCUACUUCUGCCCAGAAUCCCCUCGCUGGCUGAUGAAAAAGAAUCGCUAUCGCAAGGCGUUUGAGUCGCUAUGCCGCCUCCGACGACACAGGAUCCAGGCCGCGCGUGAUCUGUACUAUGUCCAUGCUCAACUCGUCAUCGAGUACGAGAUGGCAGCUGGGUCGACCUAUGCCACUCGACUUUGCGAACUCGUCACCGUUCCUCGCAUCCGAAGAAGUCUUGUUGCCGCUUUGGUUGUUUUCAUGGGCCAACAAUUCUGCGGCAUGAACAUCAUCGCCUUCUACUCCUCAACGGUGUUCGUCCAAGCCGGCGCUUCUGAGCACACCGCGCUCCUUACCUCUCUCGGGUAUGGGAUUGUCAACUUCGCGUUUGCCAUCCCGGCGAUUUUUCUCAUCGAUAGGAUUGGGCGACGAUCUCUGCUGCUCUCGACGUUCCCACACAUGGCGUGGACAUUGCUCGCCGCAGGCUUCUGCUUCUACAUUCCCGAGUCCAGCAGGGCGCACGUCGGCAUGAUUGCCUUCUUCAUCUAUGUGUUCACGGCCCUCUACUCCGUCGGUCAGGGACCCGUCGCGUUCGUAUACUCGGCGGAAGCGUUCCCGCUGUCCCAUCGCGAAAUCGGCAACAGCUGGGCCGUAUCCGCCACUUUUGCCUUGUCGUCGGCUCUAUCACUGACGUUCCCGUUGAUGUUGAGCACAUUCACUCCGACUGGCGCCUUUGGUUUCUACGCCGGCAUGAACGUGUGCGUCUUCAUCUUGAUGUUCCUCUUCGUCCCCGACACGAGCGGUUACACGCUAGAAGAACUCGACUACGUCUUUGCCGUGCCAACGCGCCGGUUCAUCAGCUACCAGAUCACAAAGGUCCUCCCGUGGGCAAUCAGACGAUAUCUUCUCUUCAACCGCGGGGAGCGUCUCGAGCCACUGUACCAGUUUGAGCGCAGCGGGGGGCAGUACGGUGAAUCUGGUGAAUCCGCUCAAGCUCAGAGCCAGUCUCAGGUAGUGCAAGGGAUGGCCAAAGACGCGAUGGCUUAG